UAUAUACAAGCAGAGCCACCAACCAACAAGUCCCUGUCUAGUCUGGUUGUGCAGUUGCUGCAGUUUCAGGAAGAAGUUUUUGGCAAACAUGUCAGCAAUGCACCGCUCACUAAACUGCCGAUCAAAUGUUUCCUAGAUUUUAAAGCAGGAGGAUCGUUAUGCCACAUUCUUGCAGCUGCCUACAAAUUCAAGAGUGACCAGGGAUGGAGGCGUUACGAUUUCCAGAAUCCAUCACGCAUGGACCGCAACGUGGAGAUGUUCAUGACCAUUGAGAAGUCCCUGGUACAGAAUAAUUGCCUGUCUAGACCUAACAUUUUUCUAUGCCCAGAAAUUGAGCCCAAACUUCUUGGGAAAUUAAAAGACAUUAUCAAGAGACACCAGGGAACAGUCACUGAGGACAAGAGCAAUGCCUCCCAUGUUGUACAUCCUGUCCCAGGGAACCUAGAAGAAGAGGAAUGGGUACGACCAGUCAUGAAGAGAGAUAAACAAGUGCUUCUGCACUGGGGCUACUAUCCUGACAGUUAUGACACAUGGAUCCCAGCUAGUGAAAUUGAAGCAUCUGUGGAAGACGCUCCAACUCCUGAGAAACCUAGAAAGGUUCAUGCAAAGUGGAUCCUAGACACAGACACUUUCAAUGAAUGGAUGAAUGAGGAAGACUAUGAGGUAAAUGAUGAGAAAAACCCUGUUUCCCGCCGAAAGAAGAUCUCAGCUAAGACAUUGACAGAUGAGGUAAACAGCCCAGAUUCAGAUAGACGGGACAAGAAGGGGGGGAACUAUAAGAAGAGGAAGCGUUCUCCUUCUCCUUCACCAACCCCAGAGGCUAAGAAGAAAAAUGCUAAGAAAGGACCCUCAACACCUUACACCAAGUCAAAGCGUGGCCACAGAGAAGAGGAGCAAGAAGACCUGACAAAAGACAUGGAUGAGCCCUCUCCAGUCCCAAAUGUAGAAGAGGUGACACUCCCAAAAACAGUCAACACUAAGAAGGACUCGGAGUCAGCCCCAGUCAAAGGAGGCACCAUGACUGACCUGGAUGAACAAGAAGAUGAAAGCAUGGAGACCACGGGCAAGGAUGAGGAUGAGAGCAGUACGGGGAACAAGGGAGAGCAGACCAAGAACCCAGACCUGCAUGAGGACAACGUGACAGAACAGACCCACCACAUCAUCAUUCCCAGCUAUGCUGCCUGGUUUGACUACAACAGUGUUCAUGCCAUUGAAAGGAGGGCUCUCCCAGAGUUCUUUAACGGCAAAAACAAGUCCAAGACUCCAGAGAUCUACCUGGCAUAUCGAAACUUCAUGAUUGACACUUACCGACUAAAUCCCCAGGAAUAUCUAACUUCUACUGCCUGUCGUCGGAACUUGGCAGGUGACGUCUGUGCUAUCAUGAGGGUCCAUGCCUUCCUAGAACAGUGGGGUCUUAUUAACUACCAGGUGGAUGCUGAGAGUCGACCAACCCCCAUGGGUCCUCCACCCACUUCUCACUUCCAUGUCUUGGCAGACACACCAUCAGGGCUGGUUCCUCUUCAGCCCAAGACCCCGCAGGGCCGCCAGGUUGAUGCUGAUACCAAGGCUGGGCGAAAGGGCAAAGAGCUGGAUGACCUGGUGCCAGAGGCGGCUAAGGGCAAGCCAGAGCUGCAGAGCUCUGCUUCCCAACAAAUGCUGAGCUUUCCUGACAAAGGCAAAGAGAAACCAACAGACAUGCAGAACUUUGGACUGCGCACAGACAUGUACACUAAGAAGAAUGUCCCCUCUAAGAGUAAAGCUGCAGCCAGUGCCACUCGAGAGUGGACAGAACAGGAGACCCUGCUACUCUUGGAGGCCCUGGAAAUGUACAAGGAUGACUGGAACAAAGUAUCCGAACAUGUGGGAAGCCGGACGCAGGAUGAAUGUAUCCUCCAUUUUCUUCGCCUUCCCAUUGAAGACCCCUACCUGGAGGACUCAGAGGCCUCCUUAGGCCCUCUGGCUUACCAGCCCAUCCCCUUCAGUCAGUCGGGCAACCCUGUUAUGAGCACUGUUGCCUUCUUGGCCUCCGUUGUCGAUCCCCGAGUCGCCUCUGCUGCUGCAAAGUCAGCCCUAGAAGAGUUCUCCAAAAUGAAGGAAGAGGUGCCAACAGCCUUGGUGGAAGCCCAUGUUCGGAAAGUAGAAGAAGCAGCUAAAGUCACAGGCAAAGCAGACCCAGCCUUCGGUCUGGAAAGCAGUGGCAUUGCAGGAACCACCUCUGAUGAGCCUGAGCGCAUUGAGGAGAGUGGGACUGAUGAGGCACGGACAGAAGGCCAGGCAGCAGAUGAGAAGAAAGAGCCCAAGGAACCACGAGAAGGAGGAGGGGCUGCAGAGGAAGAACCAAAGGAGAAAGCAAGUGAGGCUCCCAAGAAGGAUGAAGAGAAAGGGAAAGAAGGUGACAGUGAGAAGGAGUCAGAGAAGAAUGAUGGGGACCCAGUUGGUGAUCCUGAGAAAGAUAAGGAGCCGAAGGAGGGACAGGAGGAAGUGCUGAAGGAAGUUGUGGAGUCCGAGGGAGAGAGGAAGACAAAGGUGGAACGCGACAUCGGUGAGGGCAACCUCUCCACAGCUGCUGCCGCUGCCCUGGCUGCUGCUGCAGUGAAGGCCAAGCACUUGGCUGCUGUUGAGGAGAGGAAGAUCAAAUCUUUGGUGGCCCUGCUGGUGGAGACCCAAAUGAAAAAAUUGGAGAUCAAACUCCGCCAUUUUGAGGAGCUGGAGACAAUAAUGGACCGGGAGCGAGAAGCACUGGAGUAUCAGAGGCAGCAGCUCCUGGCUGACCGACAAGCCUUCCACAUGGAGCAGCUCAAGUACGCAGAGAUGAGGGCCCGGCAGCAGCACUUCCAACAGAUGCACCAACAGCAGCAGCAGCCACCACCAGCCCUGCCCCCAGGCUCUCAGCCCAUACCUCCCACAGGGGCUGCUGGGCCACCCACAGUCCAUGGCCUAGCUGUGGCUCCAGCCUCAGUGGCCCCUGCUCCUGCUGGUAGUGGGGCCCCUCCAGGAAGCUUGGGCCCUUCUGAACAGAUUGGGCAGGCAGGGUCAACUGCAGUGCCACAGCAGCCACAACCAGCUGGAGCCCCCCAGCCUGGGGCAGUCCCACCAGGGGUACCCCCCCCUGGACCCCAUGGCCCCUCACCGUUCCCCAACCAACAAACUCCUCCCUCAAUGAUGCCAGGGGCAGUGCCAGGCAGCGGGCACCCAGGCGUGGCGGGUAAUGCUCCUUUGGGUUUGCCUUUUGGCAUGCCGCCUCCUCCUCCUCCUGCUGCUCCAUCCAUCAUCCCAUUUGGUAGUCUAGCUGACUCCAUCAGUAUUAACCUUCCCCCUCCUCCUAACCUGCAUGGGCAUCACCACCAUCUCCCGUUCGCCCCGGGCACUCUCCCCCCACCUAACCUGCCUGUGUCCAUGGCGAACCCUCUACAUCCUAACCUGCCGGCGACCACCACCAUGCCAUCUUCCUUGCCUCUCGGGCCGGGGCUCGGAUCCGCCGCAGCCCAGAGCCCUGCCAUUGUGGCAGCUGUUCAGGGCAACCUCCUGCCCAGUGCCAGCCCACUGCCAGAAUACAGAAGGAAGGGCCUCUCUGGCUGUCCUCCAUUUCCCAACUUGGCAGCUGCCACCUCUGGGAUGACGUUGGGGCCUUUCACUGACCCAGGCACCCCUCUGCCUCCAGACCCCACAGCUCCAAGCCCAGGCACAGUUACUCCUGUGCCACCUCCACAGUGAGGAGCCAGCCAGCCAUCUCUCCCUUCAUUCCCCAUGGAGAUCACAGUUCCAGGAACAGCCCUCCCCCAUCACCUGGACCCUCCCCCAGCCUGGAGAGUUCAUCACUACGUAAGGAAAGCUCCUCCUGCCCCUCCACAGCCCCCACCAUGCCCAGCAGAGGCCGUAGUUUUAUAUCCAGUUAUUAUUCACGGACUUCUGACUAAAAGAUGUUUCUAAUGUCUGGGGAAGGAUAGGAUGGGAAAGGUGUUUAUACAAGGUUCUACUCUAACCUUCAGAAUUACUGCAUUUUUUAUGGAUAUCAAGAAAAUGAAGCCCUUUGAAAGGAGGUAGAUUUUAAAGACACAUUUGGAACCCACAAAAAGCAACCAACUUUCACAUUUAACCAAGGGGGAAAGGAUAGGUUAUAAGGUUUUGGGGAGAGCUCUGGGGAUGGAAUAGGGUACCAAGCCUGUCUGAGUCCCUUGGUAGAGUCAGCUCCCCUCACCAUUCCACCAGUUCAUUCAUACUAAUCUCUCCUGCUGCUUCGUCAUUGAUGCUGUUUUAGGCCACCCCAGCUCAGCCAAUGACCUUUCCCUCUGAAUGUCAGUUUUGUGUUUGUUUUUAAAAAUCACCUGCUUA